AUCAAAUCCACCCUGCAUUGAUGAUCGAAGUGUGAAGGCUUUCUUUUCGCAUUGACAUACUUUAUCACCUCCUGCCCAUCCACAUUUUAGCGAACGCGCUUGUGAAUUGCAGGCAAUUGGAAUAAGUCUGAGCGAGCCUGAAGAAAUGUCGAGCGCUUGAAGAGCCAACAAACAACAUUCUAAUACGGCAUUGACGACUUGCCACGCAGCCAUGCCGUCCUUUCGCCUCCUAUCCGUCCGCUUCACUAUCGCCCUCGUGCUCGCGGGCGCGACAUUCUACACACUCUUCUGGCGAUCCGAAGCCUCAUCAUACAAUCGCAUAGGUAAUGCGUUCUCGUCCUUACGAGAAGGCAUCGCGCAUCCGGCCGCGAAUGCGAUAAAUCUAGAAGCAUAUCUCGGUCUUCAUCACAAAGAUGCCUCAUUCAACAAAUUUGCGCAUCGGAUAGAGUCUGCGAACGACUUUCUACCACAUUUCGCUGCCGUACUCGAGUUGCCUAACAUUACUAUGGCGGAGGCUAAGGAAACUUGCACUUGGACGAAGGAGGAUCGCAUCAAUUACCAAUUCGGCGAGAGCUUGAAUGAGGAGGGUUGGGUCAAUGCAAGCUGGACAGUCCGCGAGAGGCAAGAUUGGGAGCUUCAAGAGCCGCGAGGAGUCUGGCAAAAUUGGAUUCGCGAGAAGAUGCUUCCCUACAGCGAUUACAAGAACAAAUUCUCCGGAAGAGGCAUUGUCAUUGUUGGUGGCAACGGAAAGACAGUCCCGCGGAUCAAAGUGAUUCUCAAUGCUUUGAAGCACCUCAAGUCAGAAAUGCCGGUUGAGUUCCACACGUACGGAAAUGAGAUGACGAAGGAGGUCCGGGACGAGCUGCUACGAUUGUGGCCUCGAUCUUAUUUCAACGAUCUUGCGCAUCCGUCGAAUGUGAUGCACAGCAAACCUGCCACCUUGUUCAUCAACUAUCAUCUGAAGACUGCAGCAGUCAUCAACAGCCGAUUUGCCGAACCCUUAUUGUUGGACAGUGACAACAUCCCAACAAUCAAGCCGGAAGAAUUGUAUGAGUCGGCGACCUACAAGGAAUACGGCACCGUGUUCUGGCCAGACAUGUCUCGCACUCGUCCGAACAACCCAGUCUGGGUCAUCACCAACACCAAGUGCAAAAUGGACGAAUGGGAGCAGGAGUCCGGUCAAAUGCUUGUCGACAAGCGCAAGUUUUUCUACCACCUGCAAUUGGCGGCCUGGUUGAACAACGUCCAUGGUCAAUACUGGAACAAUUUCAUCCUCGGUGACAAGGAUAUGUUCCGCUUCUCUUGGCACGCGCUCAAGACGCCAUACGGAACGCCGACCAAGUGGCUUACCAGUGUCGGCAUGAAUUCUGAGCUUCCGAAGGGCGGCACUUUCUACUGCGGCCACACCUUUGCCCAACAUCACCCGGACGAUGGCCGAGUCGCCUUCUUGCACGGUGGUACACUCAAGACCGUUGCGCCCGAAGUACUCCAAUGGCUGCGAGACGAGCGCGGUGGCACCUUUGGCUGGUACAAGCGCUCCAAGCACGAUGAAGACAUGAUGGCGCACUCCGUCUUCAACGGUAUCCCUGAUGGCGCCGAUUACAUGCCGGACAAAUACAAACCCAUCGAACGCGCGACCAUGUGCACGGAUUUCGAGGACAUCGAAGCCCGACCAUUCGAAGAGCUCAUCCCUGGCUUCGAGAAAUUAUUCCAGCAAUAUGGCGGGUACUGGCAGCUUGAUGAGAAGAACAAGAAGAAGGCGAACUCAUAGUGCAUAACUUCUAUUCUCUUGUAGAUACGGCGUUUAGUUUCUUGAAUACACAUAUUUUGUUUUUGAAAAGGAG